GGGUAAAACAAGCUUCUUCUUCCCUCUCCUUCUCUCGGCCUUGACGCUCAUUGUCGUCGCCCUCGCACCUCUGUCACUGCCCUAUCUUAACGCACAAGAGCGCAUUUUGCCAUGCCUUCCCAUCUUCCUUUUGCAGCUGGAUCUGCGCCUUCUGCCAAUGGUUACUCGUCGUCACGCUCGGUGAGCUCCUCGAGCGCACCUUCAGGACCUUCCACUUCCUAUCCAUCCUACUCUAGACCCGCCCUUCUCGCACGGCAACAUCCGCCUACAGAUUACCGAGGUCAAGCGUCCCUAGCGCAGCCACCACCGCGCGACUAUACUGCACCUUCCCACCACUACCUUUCCCACACGAGCGCCCAUGGUCGCCACGAAGCGCCCCCACACCACGGUGGACAAGGUCAGAGCCUGCCAGCCUCGAGCCCCUCUCCAUCCAGUAGUAGCGAUGACAGCAACAAUAGCAGCAGAGAUGUGGGCGGCAACCGCGCAGCAUCUGGCUCUCGCCAGGGGCCGUCCAGGGAGGGAGGUGGCUCGAGCGAAGGCAGCUCGGUGAUACCGUCUUCAUCGGCCACUGUGACGCAUUCGGGGAGGAAGCGCAAGCGUUUGCAACGCGCAUGUGUUCCAUGCCACAAGGCCAAGCGCCGCUGCGACGGUGGACUCCCGUGCAGCAAUUGCGACUUCAGCGGAAGGUCAUGCUCCUACGCUGACAGUCAUGGCAAUGCUGUCAACCCAACGGCUAGGGCAAAGCCGCCCAAGCGCCACGAUGGUCAUGGGCAAGCGGACGGGCUUGACGGAGACGAUCGUCACUCCGACACUUCGAGGCUAGGGUACAGCAGUUGCCAACACACCUCGCCUUCGACGGCAGCAACGUCAGUCUCGGCUCCUCGGCUUGUCUUGCCUGAUACCGAUAGUCACAUGUCGGAGCAUCUGAAAGUGUACCGUGCAAGCGCACCCGUCAAUGCACUUCUCCCUAAGGUCUUCUACGGAAAGCAGGUGCCGGGAACACUUCUCACGUUGGCCAUCUCCUGCUUCUCUUCGACUCGUAUCAGCGGAGACAUCUCCACCGGAGACGCCUUUGCGCACUCAGCCCGCAAGAUCCUCAUCGACGAGGAUGCGAGUCGGCAGACCAUCUACGAACGCCCUACAGUCGAUGUGGUUCUGACUGUGCUCCUCCUAACCAUGCACGAAGCCAGUACUGGCAAGCUACCCAAAGCUGUCUCUGCCUCGACGAUCACCAUCAACAUGAUCCACGAUCUCAGGCUACAUGAGGCUGGUGUCGGUGCCGAGCACUUUCACCCUGCCGAAGUGGCACGAAUGGUAUGCCUUGCCUAUGUGGCAGAGCUCAGCGUAACAACGCUGGCCGGGAAGCCAUCUUCUCUCAGCGACACCGAUUUUCUCAUUGCUACCUCUAGGUUGGCAUACGUCGCUGGUGGUGAUGCCACCAGUGGAGCCUUUCUGGCUCUUCUGCGAUCUGCACGCGUCUUUGCUGCAGUUAUUGAUCACCAGCGUCGGCAUAGGUACCGACUCUUGUCUGCAGACGAGAUCAACGAUUCGCGCCGCAAAGACUCGCUGAACAUCUGGGCCGAUUCACUGCCGCCCUCUCUGGCUUUCAACGAUGGCAAUCUGGCAGAGGUAUCGCGAAUCCUGUCCGGUCAUUCUCAAUCUCAAUACUCAAAUGAGGAUGAGAGUGCGUGGGCUUGGGCCUGGACGAUGAUGCAUUGCUUUGCAGAGAUGUCAGUCUUCCUGCUAGAGUCUCUCCCAUCCGGGUCAAGUCAGAGGCGCGGCGCAGCUAGCGCAAACCUCUGUGUGCUGGUCGAAGCCUUGGACAGGGCGACGCGCUCAAGCGUGCUCAGUGUGCUACCGCUCCUCUUUGCCUCUCAAGCCAGGCCAGUAGCCGGCGUUUCAAAUCCGGCUUCUGUCUACUUGGCAGAUGCGCAGAGAUCGCUAUGUCUCAUUGACGAUGAGCAAUGUCGACAUGCUUUAGCCUACUUGGGCGUCGAGGAUCCCGUUGUACCAGCAAAUCGUCCUGCCUCUGCCCAGUCUAGAGGUCCGACGUACCAUGCACCGAGGAACCACUCCAGCAGUCCAUCCGUCCCUAGGCUGGCUACCCUGGAGUCAUUGUCUUCGCUGCCCAACCCUAGCUCUGCAGGUCCGCUCCGCUCUACCUCGCCCGUGUCGCCAUCUGUGAAUCUUUUGCCGGUGAGCGCAGGGCCUCACUACACGCACGGGGGUUACCCGCCGGUGCUGCCCCCACCGCCCCAGUUGGUGGUGACAGAUCGCAAGGGUGGCCAUCUGUCUCACUCUGAUCAUCGAAUCCUCCCACCUCUAGCUGCAUUGGGUCCGGCGGGUGGUGUCAAUGGAACGCUUGGGAGCGGUAGAUUGGGUGAGACGAUGUCGAGCGGAAAGAGCUGGAUAUUGAAGUGAUGGACAGGCGUGGUUCGUAAAUGUAGAAGCGCGGCAAGGGGGGGGAUAGACAAGCUAGAAGGGGAGCGGCGGACGCCGCAUCAAUUUUCCUGACUGGAUUCGUUUGCGCUACAGUAUACCAUCGUACAUAGUCAGAAUCAUACACGAGCGAUUUUCACAUUUUUGGCCGUCCUUGGUGAUGUAUAGAU